AUGGACCAGCACGUAACUUGCAGGAGGCCAAAAGCUGUUGGUCAGCUUGUGCUGUGCGGUUUUGCCUUUGUUGCAGCCUGCAGCAGACAGCAAUACAACGUCCUCGGCCUUGGUGGUGGCAAGCUUACGGUAGACGGCGACGAACUUGGCCUUGAAGGCACGGAAGGCGACCUUGUCCUCCUCGGUGUCGCACAGAUCCUCGUCCGCCUCCUCCAGCCGCUUCGCAUGUUCCAGCAUCUCCCGAUGCCCCGCUCCCUCGCCUCCAGCACCUCCUUGGACCCUUCCAGCCCAAAUACCAGUUCCAGAGGCUUGGACGGCAACUGCUCUCGCUGCCGCUUGUCGUCUGACCCUCGAAGCAGAGGGACCGGCACAGGGGACCAAAACGCCGGCAUGAACGGCAACUUACUUAACCCUGUCGGUACCAAAGUAACCUUCACGGGCUGGCGUGGGAUCCUCCUCCAUCGUCCGGGCUUCCUCUGCCUCCCUGCCGUCGCCGACCUGGCACCAGGCGACGACCCGCUCCCUGAGAAUCCUUCAGGGCCUGAGGCCGCCGCCGAGCCCGGCGGUGCACACCGCACUCCCCGCCCACCCAGACCUCCACAUAGACCGCUCUCCUACUCUCCCGCGGCGGCGUUGUCGGCGGCUGGAACAGAGUCCGAGGAGGAGGCGGUUGUGUGUAGGGACGCGCCACUAGCCCCUCCCCCUGCAGGCGGGGCGGGAGGUGGACAGCCUGGGCGUGGCUGGGCACGGCAGGGGGCGCUCGAUGAGGACAGGGCGGAGCUCGAGCGGAAGGCCUCUAUUGCCGCACGGUUCAGGCACUGCCAUGAGCUUCUGUGGCAGACUAGGUGGCGGGAGAUGCGCGACGGGUUGGCCCAGAUGGUAGACGAACAAGGUUCUGAUUCUGCUCCGACUCUAUGUGAUAUUCUGUGGAGUGGAUUCAGGGAGUGGGAUUCAAGCAGCAUUGUGUGGGAUGCUCUAGCAAAUAGUUAUGCUAGAGCUCAGAUGAAUCAUGAUGCUCUUUAUGUUCUUAGUAAAAUGAGCAGCCUAAACAUGCAAAUCUCAAUAACCACCUAUGACAGUUUGUUGUACAGUCUAAGAAAGGCAGAUGUGGCACUGGAGAUUUUUAAAGAGAUGGAGUCAUGUGGUAUUCCCCCCAGUGAUUAUUCCCAUAGCAUUCUCAUAGAUGGCCUCUGCAAGCAGGAUAAAAUUGGAGAAGCUUUAUCUUUCCUUCAAGAGAUUAGGAAAGAGGGGAAAUUCAUACCCUUGGGAAUGACCUUUAACACCCUCAUGUCUGCAUUGUGUAAUUGGGGGUUCAUUCAGGAUGCAAAAUCAGUUUUCUGCCUGAUGUUGAAGUAUGGAUUAAAUCCGAGCAGGCACACAUAUUCAACCAUUAUACAUGGUCUAUGUAAAAUAGGUUCUGUACGUGAAGCAUUCAAUAUUUUUCAGAGUGUGACAGAAGAAGGAAUGGAACUUGAUAUUGUCACUUGCAACAGCCUUAUUAAUGGCUUUCGCUUGCAUGGUCAUACAAGAGAAAUUCCAAACAUGAUUGAGAUGAUGAGGGGCCUAGGUGUCGAACCCGAUAUUGUUACUUAUACUAUACUUAUUGCUGGCCACUGUGAAAGUGGUGAUGUUGAAGAAGGGAUGAAGAUACGAAAGGACAUCUUAGGCCAAGGUAUGGAGCUGAAUAUUGUCACAUAUAGCGUCCUUAUCAAUGCUCUCUUCAAGAAGGGCCUGUUCUAUGAGGUCGAAAACCUACUUGGUGAGAUAUGCAGUAUUGGUCUGGAAUUGGAUGUCAUUGCAUAUUCCAUCCUAAUCCAUGGGUACUCCAAGCUAGGAGAAAUUGGAAGAGCACUUCAAGUCUGGAAUCUAAUGUGCUGUUCUCAGAGGGUAACUCCAACUUCAGUAAACCAUGUAUCUAUUCUUCUAGGCCUUUGCAAGAAAGGAUUCCUUGAUGAAGCAAGGUCAUAUUUGGAAACUAUAGCUAGCAAAUAUCAGCCAUCCGAUGUAGUCCUCUACAAUGUAGUUAUUGAUGGUUAUGCAAAAGUGGGUGAUAUUGGUAAUGCUGUUCAGCUGUAUGAUGCGAUUAUUAUGGCUGGUAUGUGCCCAACCAUUGUAACAUGCAAUUCUCUUCUAUAUGGUUACUGCAAAUUUGGGGAUCUGCAUAUGGCAGAGAGCUAUUUUACGGCUAUUCAGUUAAGUGAUCUGCUGCCAACAACAGUUACAUACACCACCUUGAUGGAUGCACUCUCUGAAGCUGGGAAAGUUCAUUCCAUGCUAAGUAUUUUUAAAGAAAUGACUGGAAAAGGUAUCAAACCAAAUGCAGUAACUUACAGUGUAGUUAUUAAAGGACUUUGUAAGCAGUUCAUGUUCCAUGAUGCCAAGAAUGUUCUUGAUGAUAUGUGUAGAGAAGGUUUUGAUGCUGAUCCAAUACCUUACAACACGCUUAUACAAGGUUUUUGUGAAACACAGGAUGCCAAAAAUGCUUUCUGUGUGUAUGAACUAAUGGUAUGUCGUGGAGUGAUGCCCACACCUGUUACUUAUAACUUGCUUGUUAAUGUGCUGUGCUCAAAGGGACUAGUUAUUCACGCUGAAAUGAAACUGGAGUCCUUCAGAAAACAGGGUGCCAAGCUGAGAAAAUUUGCAUACACAACACUUAUCAAAGCUCAAUGUGCAAAAGGGAUGCCUUACAAGGCCAUUAUGUGGGUUGGCAAGCUUCUAGAUGCAGGGUUUGAGGCAUCUAUUGAAGACUUCAGUGCAGCAAUCAACCGAUUAUGCAAAAGACAGUUCACCAAAGAAGCUUUGAUGCUCAUACCGAUCAUGCUAUCUGUUGGUGUUUAUCCAGAUAUUCAACUAUACCGUGUACUGGGUACAGCUGUACAGAAGAAAAAUGAGUUAUUCUAUUUACCCAUAUUGCAAGCCCUUGCUAUAAAAACUGGUAUUUAG